UUCAUAAAAGCGAUAUCCUUGUGUUUUUAUUAAAUUCUUGAUCUUGUGUUAACGUUUUCAAAGUUAUUAAUUCAAUAAUUAUUAGUAAUUCAUCCAUUGUUACAAUCGACCAUCCAUUCACUAGAUUAGUUCAAUAAUGUCACUCGCAUCCAAUAGAUCCCGGCGUGCCAAUGCCGGAUCCAAAAUGAAUGAGCUUUUAGGUAAAGAAGAUGAAGAGUUUUACCAGCAAGCCUAUGGAGGUUUCGUUGAUGAAGACGGUGAAGUUGACAAUGAAUAUGAACCAGAAGCAUCAGAUGACGAUGUUGUCGAUUCUGAUUUUGAUAUUGAAGAAAAUGACGAGCUAAUCGAGCAAGAUGAAGAGGAAGAAAAAACAAAGAAAAAAACCAAAGGUUACAAGGAACCACCAAAAGAAAAGAUUGUGAAGAAGAAAACUGUCAAACCCAAGGUAGAGCCAGCAAAAAGUAUAGAAAUUAUUCCAAACAAAAAAUCAGUGAGAGAUUCAACAAAACUCAAAUCUGAGCAAACAGCUUUCAGAUUGAAAUUAGACCUAGAAGCUAAAAGGAAUAUUAAAAAAAGGAAUUAUAAAGAUAAUUCAAGUUGGCGGAAACUCACACAAGAAGAAUUGUUGAAAGAAGCGAAAAUAACGGAAAAAAUCAAUUUGAAAAGUUUAGAAAAAUAUCGCAAACUAGAAUUGGAAAAGGCUCAAAAGAGUAAAUUUGUCAAAGAGGUUGCCAAAGGACCAAGGAUAAUCUUUAAAUCUACAUCGAUGCCAUUUUUAGAAGUGGGAGAAAAUGGUGAAGUGAAGGAAACUGGCGAAAGGUUUGCCCGAAACUUUAUUACCUUCACUGAUGAAGAAACUUUUGCUCAAUAUUGCAAUAAAAAUACAGAGCCGCAAACUCCCGCUCAUAGGCCAAUAUGUCCGAUUUCUGGUUUAAGAGCUCGAUAUUUUGAUCCAGUCACACAGAUGCCUUUUUCAUCUGCGAAUACAUUCAAAGCACUCAGGGAAGCUUAUUGUCAUAAAUUGGAAAUGUUAGGUGAUCCUAAACAGCCCGAUGUUGCUAAAUGGCUAGAAUGGAGAAAGAGGCAUGUGUAGAUUAAUACACUGCAGAGCCCGGUUAAAUCAAUUUUCUUGAUCUCCAUUUAGUGACAAUAUCAACAAUAUCUUGUCUUGUUUGAUGACUUGUAUGAUGAAUGCGUAAAACUGAUCUUUCAAAAAUCCUGGACUUGCUAAGAGCACACACUUGACUACUGAAAAGAAAAAUUUCACAAUUAGUAAUGCAGACCAACACUGAUUAAAAUAAUUUACCAUCAAAUUUUAUGUGUCGUAAUAGCUUACAUUACACUUUCAAAAUUUUGGUGUAUUACAUUCAACAAUUAGCAAUGAAAGAAGUAAUAGUGCGAACAUUCGCUAAGCCUUGCUGCAUGACAUCAGCAGCCAAAUCUGAAUGCUUAAAGCAGUCUGAACGCGACUGAUUCAAGAGUAACUUUACGAAGUGUAUCAGCUUUAACGGAGCUUCUUCAACAAGCUUUAUUGACAUUAUAAGCAUGCCACUCACCCUCAUCUUCAGGAAUAAAGACAACAGAUCUAAAAUAGAUACAAUAUAAUGUUUUUACAAAUGAUACCAAAAAUUCCACUUGUAUCUGAUUACUUUUGUCAAUCUAUUUUCCAACCAAUUUCAUUGUGAUGUGUUGAAAAUCACGCACUAAACUAAAUCAUGAUAUACAAAAACUAAAUAAAAUAUUUUUACAAUAA